AUGAAAGUGCUGUUGAUUUUCACCAUUUGCUUCGUUUUCGCAAUCCGAUCACAAAAACGUCCUAUUUGUGAGCUGCCCAUCAAGCCUGGACCUUGUUCGGCCUCUAUUCCUCGCUACGCCUUCUCCCCAAAAGAAGGAAAAUGCGUGGAGUUCACUUUUGGAGGUUGUCACGGGAACUUCAACAACUUCGUCACAGAAAAAACAUGCGUAGAAACAUGUGUAGGAAAGCCUUGA